CCUCCAGCCCUGAAGCCCUCUACUCCAGCCUUGCUCUGUCUCUCACGAGCCCAUCAUGUCCUCCACCGCCAUCCCCAGUGCUUGCUGGACUGUCCUUCCAGCAGAGAUGAAGCUCUCCAUCGUCGAUCAACUCGAUCUUCACGAUGUUCAUGCGUUUUCGAAAGUCAGUCAUGAGUGUUACCAGCUUUCUGUGCCCGCUCUCUUCCGUUGCGUCAACAUCAGAAGCGCUGAAGCGCUCCACCAAUAUGCGAUCUCUGUCCCAAAAUCUUACAACCGACACAUCCGCCAACUGACCAUCUGCACCAAACGGGCCAAGGCGCAGCAGAAAGCCAGCCCAUCGUCGCCGCCCAUCCGUGUUACGGACGCGCUCACCGAGGUGCUGCCAUACUGCACGCAGGUGGAGCAGCUGACGCUGAGCCUGGCCGCGUCUUUGGCAAAGGCUGUGAUACCCUGCUUCGAAGAGCUGUCCGCGCUGGAUUCGUUGUGCAUCGAUCACUGCGGCGAUGAGGCACGCUUCCCUCUGAGCGAGCGGCUCAUUGUCUCCAUCGCUGCCUCCGUCCCCAACCUCCGCCACCUCUCGCUCGACCGUGUCACCCGCUCGGCACUCCAUGCCCCCGACCUCGUCGGUGCUCGCCCCUUCGUUCCGGUCGUCAGAGGAGACGACGACAUCCCCGACCACCCCGUGCUCGGACACGAGCUGCGCCUCCCCUCUCUCCUCCGCCUCCCCGUCCUUAAGAGCCUUCGUAUCCGCGAUACCCACCUCGGCGACCCCCACUGGGCCACCACACCCGUUGCGUGUUCGCUUGAGAUCUUGGACUUGGGGAGCUGCUACCACGAAUCGCAUGACUACAACCGCAUCUGCACCGAGCGCAUCAUGGGCACCAUCGGCCACACCGUGGACGAGUGCGCGCUCAACACCGCGCUCACGCCGCAGACGUUCGCCCACGCCAAGCCCGACACCCCGCGCCCGCUCAAGAAGCUCCGCAAGGUCCACCUCACGCCCCUCUUCCCCGUCGAGAACGUCGUCGACACGCUCGCGACCCUCUCGGACUCCCCCGUGGAGAGUCUCUCGGUCGAGUGCCACAAGGACGACGUGGUGGACAUGUGCUCCGCGCUCGAGGACUUCCUCAACCUCCGCGUGCAGCGCGGCCAGACAGGCUUCUACCAGCACCUGAGCGAGAUCACGGUCAGCACCGUGAACGACCUCGCGGACGCGCUCGACAUCGGCGUCCAAUCGACCAAGUCGCGCGUCGCGGAGGAGCUUUCUGGCGAGAGCGCGGACGCCGUGCGGCGCCUGCGCGAGUACUGCCGCGACCUGCGCCUGGGCGCCACGUCCAAGGAGGCCGAGUCGGAGAGCCUGUCGGCGGAGAAGGCGGCGGCUAACGCCACUCGCGAGAGCGCGAGCGCCCCGGCGGCUGUUCCAGCUGGACAGACUGAGACGACGCAUGGCCAGACCCAGGCGUGAACUGUAUGCGGGCGAGCGACGGACGAGCGGGUGCAUUGCGUUCUCCGGGUCCUUGACCCUCUUAUUCUUAUGGGCGUUGGGCCUGGCACACCGUGUGUGCUCGAGGCACCGAUGUUGUGAUAUACCCCUCCUCGGGCUGGUCGAGGCUUCGAGGCCUGUUUUACUUCUAUCAUUAUCUGUUUGUUGAUACCGACUGGCCCUGUAACUCUAUGUACCAUAUUCAGUGCGCGAUAGGCUCCGCAGAUAUAGACAUCCCUCACCCGUACCUUCGCUCACCAGACCAGAUCGUGUGCGAAGUCCGCUGGUCAUGAGAUUGCCUCACGAGCUGCGUUUGGGGGUGACUUCUCUGUUGGAUGAUCACCGCCCAGGAACUCGCAUUGUGUGGAACAGGAACAAAGCCACCGAGUGUGGGAUAGGGCAAGGGGCGGGUUUGCGGACAAGAAGCCCUGGGGGCUCUCUAUAUGCACCACCGGUUGUGCACUAAAACAAGGGAAAUGACCACUCGGCGUUCUUCGAGAGAAUU